CGCCAUCGAGAGCUGGUGAUCACCGCCCCCGACGCAGGGGGGGGACUUCUCAGGGCAGAGGAGAUGGAGUCGCUCUGAGGGCUACCAGGUCCCACAUCACCCGGGAAGGUUGUGGAUGUUUGACACCUGUGGGUGUUUUCCCAGGUUAUCGCCGUUUAUUUAGGGGGUGACUGCUCCCACUCACGGCUUGUCCCGUAAUGGCGGCUCCUCCCUCAUCCUGGUUGUCAUGAGGGGACAUCGGAGCUCGGCUGGGGGCUUGUAAAGGCCAUUGCCAUGGACCUCAUCGACCUCACAUGCACAACAAUCACAGCACCCACGGGGAUAAAGGUUUACCAGGACCAUAUCCCAUUGUUGAAGACCCCAGCACCUGUGAUAUUGUCAAGGCUACACAAUAUGGAAUGCUAGAGCGAUGCAGAGAACUGGUAGAAGCAGGAUAUGAUGUUCGACAACCAGACAAAGAAAAUGUGACUCUUCUUCACUGGGCAGCAAUAAACAACAGACAGGAGCUGGUUAAAUAUUAUAUUUCCAAAGGUGCGAUAGUGGAUCAGCUGGGUGGAGAUUUGAAUUCUACUCCCCUUCACUGGGCCAUUAGACAAGGACACCUACCCAUGGUCAUAUUAUUGUUGAAAUGUGGAGCGGAUCCCAGUCUUAUUGAUGGGGAAGGAUUCAGUAGCAUUCAUUUAGCAGUGCUCUUCCAACACAUGCCCAUCAUAGCUUACCUCAUAUCAAAAGGCCAGAACAUAGACACAACAGACUUCAAUGGACAAACACCUUUAAUGUUAACAGCACAAAAAGCCAUUGGACCGGAACCCACGAGGUUUCUCUUAAAGUUUAACCCCUCUCUCAAUGCUGUAGACAAUGUUCAAAAGAAUACUGCACUGCACUGGGCAAUAUCAUCGGGAAAUAUCAGUGCAGUGGAUCUGUUGCUGGAAGCUGGUGCCAGCCUCGACAUAAAAAAUGUCAAGGGAGAGACACCGCUUGACCUUGCUUAUCAAAGUCAGAAUCACUUCAUGGUUUAUAUGAUGAAAGAGGAAGGAAGAAUGAGAAGCAGGAAAAAUAACAGGUUGCUGAAAAUAGUAGAGAAAUAUGAGCUCUUCCUGAUGUUGGCAUCUUCCUUGACCUUCAUGUGGGCCAUAGGAUACGUCGUGAACUUAAGUUCUGAUUCUUGGCUUUUGAAAGGAUGUUUGCUUCUCUGCCUGCUUUUUGGAAUGACACUGUUUGUCAGGCAACUCGUGGGGCUCAAGAAUCUAAGGUAUCUUCCCACAGCAUUUCUGCUAAGUUCAGUUUUUUGGAUGUCCAUGACCUGGUUUUUCUGGUUCCUGCCCGAUAUAACAAAUAUAAUUCUUGAAAUCACUGUCAUGUUCAGCAUGAUGGGUCUUCUUUAUUAUUUCUAUAAAACUUGGAGUACUGAUCCUGGAUAUAUAAAGACUUCAGAAGAAGAAAGAAAAGAGAACAUUGUAGGUCUUGCAGAAGCAGGUUGCUUGGACUUCAGAACAUUCUGCACAUCGUGUCUCGUAAGGAAGCCUUUGAGAUCUGUGCAUUGCCUUGCUUGCCAAGCAUGUGUAGCCAGAUACGACCAGCAUUCUCUGUGGACUGGCCAGUGCAUAGGUAUUGGGAACCAUUGUUAUUACCUGUUGUUCCUGACUUUCCUAACAAUGACAGGUGUCUGGCUGCUCUAUGGAACUCUUCUGUAUUGGUCCAACCAUUGUCCAACAAGUUACCACCAGGAUGGAGCAUGGACAUACUUCACACAGGUCAUGUACUGCUCUCCCUGGGUUUCCUACAUCUCUGCAGUUGCCUGUUUCCACACUGUUUGGGCCUCCUUGUGGCUCACUGUUCAGCUUUAUCAGAUUGCAUUCUUGGGGCUGACCUCUCAUGAAAGAAUGAAUCUCCUGAUACAGAGAAAAUCUUCUAAGCAUCCUGUUUCACUCAGGAGAACUCCAUACAAUCUUGGAUGCUUCCAGAAUCUUGCAGACUUUUUUCAGUGCAGUUGCUUUGGUGUGUUCAAACCCAACAUAAUUGACUGGACCAAGCAAUACAAUGUUUUUCAUCUGGUAAAGGAGAAAAAUGUUCAUUCUGUGUGAAGUUUUGCUUAAUUUCUAAAAUGGUUGAGCUGAAAGCUAAAUAAAACUGUAUAUUUUGUUAAUUUUUCC